GUAGAGAUUGAUUGUGAUUGGUCAAGAGUUUCCGGAGCAGAGUUCACGCGCUUCUGGUCCCGCCUGAUUUCGAGUGUUGUUCAUAUUUUUAGCUAGUUAGCAUGUUAGCAUCAGUGUCGUCGUUACAAAUUCACAACACUUCUUGCUUUUUUAUCGUUAGUGUUUGAAUAGUACAAAACCAUGCUAUUUAGCCACAUAUUAUAAAUGCGCAGCACGCAAGUGUACUAGCUUUGCGCUGUUUUUUAACGCACUAGUUUUGCUUGUUCGGGAUGUUUUUACCCUUAACAUGGAGACAAAAAGAGGGGAGAUUCCCAACGGCUUACUGGAUGACCUUUGCAGUCGCUUCAUUCUUCACAUCCCCAGCGAGGAGAGGGACAAUGCCAUCAGAGUUUGUUUCCAGAUUGAGCUUGCCCAUUGGUUUUACCUGGACUUCUGCCUGCAGAAUUCACCAGGAUUACCUCAGUGUGGGAUAAGAGACUUUGCCAAGGCUGUUUUUAAUCACUGUCCAUUCCUGCUGCCCCAUGGAGAGGAUGUUCAGAAGGUUUUAGAGCAGUGGAAAGAGUAUAAGAUGGGUGUGCCUACAUUUGGUGCCAUUAUUCUAGAUGAAACACUUGACAAUGUGUUGAUGGUCCAGGGUUAUCUGGCCAAGUCUGGCUGGGGUUUUCCUAAAGGGAAAGUCAAUGAAGAUGAGGCUUUCCAUGACUGCGCUGUGAGAGAAGUUUUAGAGGAGACAGGCUUUGAUAUCCGAGAUCGUAUCUGCAAAAAGACAUAUAUUGAGCAGAGAAUUUCAGAUCAGUUGGCUCGAUUGUACAUUAUACCGGGAGUUCCUAAAGACACCAAGUUUAACCCCAAGACCAGAAAAGAAAUAAGGAACAUUGAAUGGUUCCCGGUGGAUAAACUGCCUUGCCACAGGAACGAUAUGACCCCUAAAUCCAAGCUCGGACUGGCUCCUAACAAGUUUUUUAUGGCUAUUCCGUUUAUGAGGCAGCUUAGAGAGUGGAUUGCCAAACACAAAGGAGAGUCAACAAGCAGUGAUGAGGAUUUUGCGUCCAAUGGCAGCACACCAUGCAAACCAUUCCGCUCAAAGCCAAGAAGAUCUCAGAUGUUGGUGGAAGCAUCUCCAGUGUCAGGUGACAGCUGGUCAAAGCAGAAACAACAGAAAACCUUUGGACAAACCUCCCAGAGUGAGUUAGCAGACAUGCUUAAACCCAAGAAUCAUGUGAAAGGCAAUGGCAAGAAACACCAAGAGUCUCCAACCCUGAAAAAACGAGCUAAUGGUGUCAGUCAGCAGCAGAAAGAUGACAAGAAACUUCAGCCAAGACGACUACAGGAUAACUUUGACACAGAUGCAGCUGCUGAUGUCUGUGGCUAUAAUGGACAGGAAGAAUUGUGCUAUGAAGAAUAUGAAUACAUCCUUUCCUCGCGAUCCUUUCUCAGCUUCAAAUUCGACAGAGAGGCCAUCAUGAAAUCCUGCUUUGAGUCCUGAAGUUCUGUCUCUGGUUUUUAAAAGAAUUUACUUUGGAUCUACAAAUGAAUCUUCUACCCUGUAAACCUGUUAUUGGAGAGGCAUUGUGUGUUGGACCAAGAUUAAAGAUAAAUCGAAAUAUUCCUUUUUACACACACAAAUGGUCAGUUCCUAUUUAUCUGAAUCUGGAAUGCUGUUAGCUUGAUUUCUUUGUAGACUUAAUAUUUUAUCCAAAAACUUGUGCCCAAUCAUGGGGCAUUAAACUUGUUGUCACUAAAGAAGUUGUUCUUGGUAAACUUGCUCUAAGUGAUCUGUUAAGAAAAUGGUUUGUCUAAAACAUGCUUAUCAAUACUUUGGUUCAGAGCCCCUGAAGUCCAAAUUGUACUCUUGUUUCAUUGUGAACAAAUGUUACAAUAAUAAUCGGUCCAGCUGUGUGUUGAAUUUUUAUGGCUGAAGUCAUCUCAGUAUUUGUUGUUUGCUGUUUUUGCUGUGUUAAUCUUGCAAGUAUAAGAAGCUGCUCAGAAAGCCUGCUUUUAGAAUGUCACAUGACUGGUACUAUACAGAUAGGGUUGACAUUUCUACCUGUGCAAAAGCAGUAAAAAACCAUUCAAGCACUAUAUACUUUAUCAAGUCCAGUCAGUAAAUGUCUGCUUGGCUUGACCAUUGAUACGUAUUGGAUUUUGCUUUUUGAUAAAUCACAUUUCGUCCAUGUUUCCCUGAAAUGAUAUCUUCUGUUGUUUUGUUUUCUGUGCCAUGGAGCCUUUUGUUUUCUGUUCAUUUAUAUUUUUAUUAUGCUUUAACUUCUUCCCAGGUUUUCCCCACCCUCCAUGUUUACAAUACAAUAUUAAUAUUUUCUCUAUGAAAUGGCACUGACAUUUGUGGUAAGUCGCUUUACAAUUAUGCAACAUGACUUGUUAACCACAAUAUCCAUGGUCUGUAUUGUUUUUUUUUGUUGUUUUUUUUCCUUCUAAUAUUUUGGUAAAUAAAGACACUUUCUUAAA